AGAAGGUAAGAAAGGAAUUGUCAAUAUUACUUAGCGUGUGCUGCAAAUAAAAAAAUGGCAUCAGUAGUAACCCAAGUACUUGUCUUUAGCUGCUUUUUUACCUUCAGCAACAUGGUAAUGUUAAAGGGAAUUCCAAGAAUACUAACACCAGAUCUAUUGAGAGUUUUGGCACAGAUGGGACAUGGAGACGAAAUUGUCAUUGCUGAUGCCAAUUUUCCAAGUGCUUCAAUUGCUAAGGCUGGACCUGAACUGAUUCGAGCUGAUGGUCAUGGUGGGGUUGAGAUACUAAAGGCAAUCCUUCAACUGCUGCCUUUAGAUAUGUAUGUAUCUGCUCCUGCAAGUCUAAUGGACCCUGUCGAGGCUGACAAGAAGAAAGGAUUAAAAACACCAAUCUGGGACGAGUAUAAAGCUGCAAUGAAUGCUUCAGAGGGUCAAACUGUUGGUGUUCAAUUAAUCGAAAGAUUUCAAUUUUACGAACACGCAAAAAAAACUUUUGCGGUUGUAGCGACAGGAGAAACUGCACUAUAUGCUAACAUUAUUUUAAAGAAGGGUGUGCUGACUAAUUAACUCAACUAAGUUUAUGUCACUUCUUUUUUUAACACAACUUUUUUAUUUAAUUUUAUGGACACUGAUAUAAAAUUAGCUUUCACUUCUUUAUACCAUAUAUGUAUAUAUAUGAUGGCUAUAUACCGUGUUUCUUAGCUACCAUCAUCGUGUGCCUAAAGGAAACACCGUAAAAUCGCAAUACUGUGGACGAAUUUUAAUGUCAAGGAAUUAUAUAUAUAUUAUGCACAUAUAAAUUUUGUUAUAGACAAUUAUUUUUUUUCUUUUUUUUGUAAUUAGAACGAAAUAAAUACGCAUUAACGCAUUA